AUGGAACAAAAGGAGGGGACCGGGCGCAGUCUUGUGAAGCGGCACGCGUUUGGCAUCCGGCCGGAUGUGUACGGCUGCCUGAAUUGGGUGGAGGAGGGGACGCUGCUUUACCCUGUGGGGAAGACCGUGGUUGUGCACAACCUUAACAGUAACACCCAGCGCUUCUUUGAUGCCGGAGUCCACAGCAGUGGCCUGACGGCGCUGGCGGUGAGUGCGAACAAGAAGUUCAUUGCAAUUGCGGAGGGCGGUAUCGCACCCCAGAUUCAAAUUAUUGACUCCGUCCCUCGGAAACGUCGCAAGACUUUAAGUGUGCAGGAUCUUGGAAGCGAGAGUUUUGUGGCGAUGGCCUUCAGCGUGGAUGGGCGGCACUUGGCAACGCAGGGGGGUGCGCCGCAGUGGAAUCUUUUCUACUGGAAUUGGGAGCGCUCCAAGCCACUCGCCCUUACGUCUGUGAUUGCCGAUUUGAAGGUGGAGGGAAUGAAUGAGUCCACGAGUCGCUUCUCACUUUUGCAUGAUGCGCGUACGAAGGAGCCGCACGGCGCAUCGUCCGGACCUCCUCCCGUCUCAUGUGUGACGAUUUGCCCGCGGGAUCCUUUGUUGAUAGCGGUCUCCGGCCUGGGGAUGAUGCGUUUCUACCGCUAUGUGGAUGGCGUGCUGCAGACUCAGCCCCCCAUCAACUACGAUCUUGAAGGCGUGUCCAACUUCCUGACCCACACGUGGGUCACUGGAGACCGUGUGGUGGCAUCAACGCAGACGGGUGAGUUAAUGAUCAUUGAAGGGGGUGUAUACAAAAGACUGCUGCCCGUGCCGCCCCCCACGAGAGCACAACUGACGAAUCCAACGGUUCUCUCGCUUGUGCCCAGCAAAGGGGGGUUUAUUGCUGGUAGUGAUCAGGGCACCGUCGCUAUUUACGAAAGUGCAAGCGGGUCAAGUGGCGAGUACUCCAUUGUGUAUACUGUGCCAGUGCCCACAGAGGAGGAGCUGCAUACAAAAAAGUGUGCCCUUGAGGGAGAUGACACACGGCCAUCUGCAACCACUGCGUCUGGCAAUCGUGCUGCCUUGGAUUCGAAUGCUAGCGGCUCGUCUCUUGCAGAUGCGCCCGACCCCUCUUCGUUGAAGCCAUGGGCAACAAAGGGCUCCAAACGCAUUUUUCACGUCAACACAGGGGUGGCACAAAAGGUUACAGCCGCGCCUGCGGAGAAGACACGUCCCCAGUCUGGAAUACAAGGGAUGGCACGCAUGGAUGUGCUUCGGGAAAACAGCGUGGUGCAUCUGUCACUUGAUCAGUUGGAGGAGACCAUGGCGUUAGUGACACACUCGGGUCAAAUCCUCGCCUUUAACUUCUCUCAGCAAUGGUCAAAACGCACCGCAGAUGAUCCCCCAGCGUUAUUGCCGAUUUGUCAAUCGUUUCAUGUUGGUGGCAUUAUUGGCGUUGACUGCAGUGUGCGGCGGCCAUUUUUGGUGACCUCUGGUGUCGACAAGAGUGUGCGUAUUUGGAACACCAGCACGCAUCGAUUAGAGAUGUGCCAGUACUUCCCAUCCCAACCGGGUCCCGUAAGCAUUCAUCCAAACGGCCUCUACGUGGUGAUUUGCUUUACAGAAAAAGUUCUUGUUAUGAGUGUUCUGUGGAACUGUCUCCACGAACAUCGUGUGCUUAAUCUUCGCAACGUGACCGAUGUGAAGUUUUCUGUGGGAGGGAAAUACUUUGCCUUGGCACAUGGCAACCUGAUCCAUCUGUACAACGCACUCACAUGCGAUGUCCAUGGACAGCUGCGGGGUCAUCCGCAAAAGAUUAGCUGUUUUCAGUGGGCCGCCACCUCCCCGUAUCCCACGGACAAUGGGAUGGUCUCCUGCUCCCUCGACGGCAUCAUCAUCAACUGGAACAUCAGUGAGUUGCGCAAGGAUGGGGAGUAUGCAGAUAAACGCUACCAAUACCGUGUUGUUGUGGCAGAUGAUAAGAACAUGUGGGCCGUCGGAGACCCGGCAUCGUCUGCUGCGGAAACGCAAUGCAAAUCGAUGCUGCGGGAGAUGGACCGUUUCAGUUCUGUGGAGGCCUCUAGCCCCACCACCACGACGGAUUACGAAUUCCGUGACAGCACAAUCACAACGCUCCUAGUCUCUCCAAAGCAACGACUGUUAUUUGGUGGGACGGAUGAUGGUUCCAUUAAAUUUAUGAAUUUCCCUCUUCAGUUGGGUUUGCAGGAAGUUCCUAUUGUUGCGCAUAUGGGCAAAGUAGCCCGAAUGGUGCUCUCUUAUGAUGAGAGCAUCAUUUACUCUGUCAGCGCUGAUGGGACGCUGUUUGUUAUCGAAGUGCGGGAGGACGGUCGCCCUGCUCAACGGGAUGCGGGAUAUUGCGGCGACGAGGUCCUUGUUUUGGCCUCCGACGUUGAAGAUCGUCAGAUCGCCAUUGAGAGCCUGACGCACACAGCAGGGAAACUUAAGGCGGAGAUUGAGGGAGAAGAGAAGCGACGUAGCCAUGAACAAAACACGCGGAUGCGGGAGCGGGCGGAGGAAUUUAAGAGCGAAGUGUCUGCCCUCGAGGCGGAGUAUGCCGCGUUAUGGAGCGCAAAGGCGGAACAGGAGCGCUCUUUUGUUGCGGUGAGGCUUGAAAAGGAGGCCGAGGCCGCCCCGCUCCUGGAGGAGCUUGAGCGGGCAGGACAGGCGGAGGUGCAACAGCUGGAAGACGAGUGCACCGAACUGCAACACCAGCUCGACUGGAGCAAGAGCAAGUACAUGCAGGAGGUGAGUGAUCUCGAGGCGCAGAUUGAACGGGAGCGGCGGGAAGAGGAAGAACGCUUCAACGACGUCGUCGCAAAGCGAAAGGAGGGAAUGCAGAAAAUUAGACGCCAAGUUCAACGUGCGAAGGAGACAAAUGCGGAGUCGCGACGGCGCCUUGAACUUGACACGGACGCGGAGCUGGAGAGUAUCCGGGAACGAAACCGUCAGGAUCUCGAGGCCAUUCGCGGGCGGUAUCUUCACAUGAAGGGGGAAAGUGCCAUCAUGCGCAAGAACGCCCUGCGCAUGGAAAAGGAGGCGGAGGUGCACAGAAACGAGCUGAGUAUUCUCGAGAGCGCCAAGUCGGCGUUGAUGGCGCAGCUGGGGGAGUUGAAUCAGCGCAUGUCGCAGCUGCAUCAAGACAUUGAGGAGCGCGAUGCCGUCAUUGGUGAGAAGGAGAAGCGGAUAUAUGACCUCAAGAAGCAAAACCAGGAGCUUGAGAAACACAAGUUUGUCCUCGACUACCGCAUACGUCAGCUCAAGUCACAGAUGGAGCCGCGACAGCGGGAAAUUGCACGGGAGCAUCAACGCAUAAAUGAGAAGAACGUUGAGCUAGAGAACCUUCACCAAAACAACAUCACGCUGCGACAGAGCAUCGAGGGGUUGAAAGCCGACCUUGCACAGCAGCAACUGCAGAUAAAACAAACGAUGAAUCAUAUGAAAGACUUUGAGACUUACAAGAGCCGCGUCAAGACAGACGUGGGGGAGCUUGCACCAGCCAUGCAGGACCCAGCGCUGUUGCGGGAGGUGGUGGAGCGUUUGUACCAGCGGUACGUUCUCGCACGCGAUGGACGCCGUGCGGCGCAGGUGGAUCAGGAGAUCAAGGGGGAGUUUCGCUCGCAGCUGGAGUACCUGAGCACCUCGGUUGAUGCACUGCGACGGAAGUGCAAGGCGGAUCAGGAGCAGCACCGAUGUAAGGUCUCGGAGAUGAUGGUGGAGAACCUCUCGCUCAUCCGCGAGAUUCAUGACCUCCGCGCGGAACUGGUGGAUCUGCGUAAUCUCUCGGUGGCGGCAGCGGACGAAAAAAAGCGGCGCGCCCGUAUGGAGGAGUUCAAGAAGCAAGCCAGCAUGAGUUCCCGCCAGAAUGUCUCCUGUAGUCCCACGGCCACAUCGCCGACGCGUCCGGAGGUACCGCAGGAGUUGAAGGAAAACCGCGAGGAGAUUCAAAGGCUGCGGGCUUUCGUGGAUGCCGCGCAACAGGCGCUGGGGGCAACAGCGUCAACCCGUCGCGCAACUGGCGGCACAUGCAUGUUUCCACCCAUCACACAGUAG